GCCGCUCUCCGUCAUCCGCAGCAGUGUCUCCAUCAGCCGCUCCUGCUCCACCACCCUGAACUCAGCACGGGCUGCCUCUGUUACACACGACACCAACCGCGUCUUAUCGCUAAAUCGGUCCCAACCGUCAUCAGAUAUGGAAGCCGCACCCUCCACCAGUCCGUGCAGAUACAGUUAUGAAGAGUACAAGGAGACAGCAGACUGGCUGCUGGCCCACACAAAGCAGCGUCCUAAAAUAGCCAUCAUCUGUGGCUCAGGCCUGGGCGGACUGGCUGACCUCUUGGGUGACAAGGCCGUGUUCCCUUACGAGGAUAUACCACGUUUUCCCACCAGCACUGUGCCGGGCCAUGCCGGGCAGCUGGUGUUCGGGAGCCUGCAGGGCCGUGACUGCGUCUGCAUGCAGGGGAGAUUCCACUUCUACGAGGGUUACGACAUACACACGGUGACGUACCCGGUGCGGGUCUUCUACCUCCUGGGCGUAGAGACUGUGAUCGUGACAAACGCUGCGGGAGGACUUAAUGGCAGCUACAACGUGGGCGACAUCAUGAUCCUUAAGGAUCACAUCAACAUGCCGGGCUUCGCGGGGCAGAACCCGCUGUGUGGACACAACGACAUCAGGUUUGGAGAGCGCUUCCCCUGCAUGUCGGACGCAUAUGACCGUGACCUGAGGGCUGUGGCCAGGCAGACAGCAGAGGAGCAGGGCUGCGGCGGCUUCCUGCAGGAAGGCGUUUACUGCAUGCUGGCUGGGCCGUCAUACGAGACCAUUGCAGAGUGCAAACUCCUGCAGAUGCUGGGCGCUGACUGUGUCGGCAUGAGCACAGUUCCAGAGGUGGUGGUGGCUCGUCACUGCGGCUUGCGUGUCUUGGGUCUGUCCCUUGUCACCAACAAGGUCGUGACAGACUACGACAGCGCUGAGAAGGCCAACCACGAGGAGGUGCUGAGGACCACCCAGCGAAGAACCCAGGACCUGGAGAGGCUCGUCAGCCAGCUCAUCGCCAACAUCUAGCACCUUCAUCUGAUACGUGCAGACAAAACACAUUUCCAGUCCUGCAAUAAAGUCGUUAGCGUUGAACAAA